AUGGCGGAGCUGCAGAUGCUGCUGGAGGAGGAAAUCCCGGGCGGGCGCCGGGCCCUGUUCGACAGCUACACCAACCUGGAGCGGGUGGCCGAGUACUGCGAGACCAACUACAUCCAGUCAGCAGAUAAACAGCGAGCUUUAGAAGAAACCAAAGCCUACACAACCCAGUCCUUAGCAAGUGUAGCUUAUCUGAUCAACACUUUGGCCAACAAUGUUCUCCAAAUGCUGGAUAUCCAGGCAUCCCAGCUUCGGCGCAUGGAAUCUUCAAUCAACCAUAUUUCACAAACGGUGGACAUCCAUAAAGAGAAAGUUGCUAGAAGAGAAAUUGGCAUUUUGACUACGAACAAAAACACCUCAAGAACCCACAAAAUCAUUGCACCAGCCAACCUGGAGCGACCAGUUCGCUACAUUAGAAAACCUAUUGAUUACACAAUUCUAGAUGAUAUUGGACAUGGAGUGAAGUGGUUGCUUAGAUUUAAGGUUAGUACACAGAAUAUGAAGAUGGGUGGGCUGCCUCGUACUACUCCACCUACCCAGAAACCACCCAGCCCACCAAUGUCAGGAAAAGGAACUAUUGGGCGUCACUCUCCCUAUCGCACACUGGAGCCUGUGCGUCCUCCAGUGGUACCAAAUGACUAUGUACCUAGCCCAACACGUAAUAUGGCUCCCUCGCAACAGAGCCCUGUUAGAACAGCUUCUGUGAAUCAGAGGAAUCGCACAUACAGCAGCAGUGGGAGUAGUGGAGGGAGCCACCCAAGUAGUCGGAGCAGCAGUCGAGAGAACAGUGGAAGUGGAAGUGUGGGUGUACCUAUUGCUGUCCCCACUCCAUCUCCUCCUAGCGUCUAUCCAGCCCCCGCUGGUUCAGCUGGCACUUCUCCCCUUCCUGCUACCUCUGCACCUGCUCCUUCCCCCCUUGCUCCUGCUCCUGCUCCUGCCCCCUCCGCUGCCCCAGAUGCUGCUGCUGCAGGAGCCCAGCCUCUUGCUGAUGGCUUCACCUCUCCAACUCCCCCUGCUGUUUCUUCCACUCCCUCAGCAGGUCACCCUGUUCAGUUCUACAGCAUGAACAGACCUGCCUCCCGGCAUACACCCCCAACAAUAGGGGGCUCUUUGCCAUACAGGCGCCCUCCUUCCAUCACUUCACAAACGAGCCUUCAGAACCAGAUGAAUGGAGGGCCUUUUUAUAGCCAGAACCCAGUAUCCCUUGCUCCUCCUCCUCCUUCCAUCCUACAGGUAACUCCACAGUUACCACUGAUGGGAUUUGUGGCCAGAGUUCAAGAAAAUAUUUCAGAUACUCCCCCUCCUCCUCCACCUGUAGAUGAGCCAGUCUUUGAUGAGUCCCCACCUCCACCUCCACCCCCAGAAGAUUAUGAAGAGGAGGAGGCAGCUGUGGUGGAGUACAGUGAUCCUUAUGCUGAAGAGGACCCUCCAUGGGCACCAAGGACCUAUUUAGAAAAGGUGGUGGCGAUUUAUGACUACACAAAAGACAAGGAGGACGAGCUCUCAUUUCAGGAAGGUGCCAUCAUUUACGUCAUUAAGAAGAACGAUGAUGGGUGGUAUGAGGGUGUCAUGAAUGGAGUGACGGGGCUCUUCCCAGGGAACUAUGUGGAGUCCAUCAUGCACUACUCGGAGUGA